GCGCGGGCCCCCCGCCCCCCGGAGGAGGAGUCUGGCUCCCACUUGCAGCCGCCUCGGAGGAGCCCCCGCCCUGUGCGCCUGCCUGGCGGAGCCGGCCCCUGCCCGCCUCGGUGCGCGCGGCUGCUCGCGGCCGCGGAGAGGAGCCGGGCCAGGAUGGCUCCCCUUCUCCGAUCUUGGUCCUGUGAACGGAGCGUGAAUGGCCGGGCAGAAGAGAUGAAUCGGCCAGGCAGAGACUUUAACAACUAAAUAUCAGGCUCAGGGAAGAAAAACGCAAUUAGUGGAGGAGCAGAAGACCUGGGGGACAGGGCUCCCCAGCUGCAGUGACUUGGAAGUGGGUUCCCAGGUAUGCUGUGCCCCCACGGAUGAGACACUGGCCCCUGGUGGCGUCUUCCUUCUGGUCCUCAUCCUCUAAGGGCAGACGCAUCUUUUGCCAGCCAUCAUGGCCAGAAGACCAUUCUCUGUAACUGUGGUUCCUGUGUGUGACUGGCCCACGCCGUGUAACCGUCACCCAGUGUCCUCUCCAGACUGCUGCUAGAAUUGUGUGUGUCUGCAGAGUCUGUUUGCAGGUCUGGCGGGGGCCGGGCGGCGGUGGCGGCGGCGGCGGCGGCAGGAGAUGCCCGGGCGGCCCGCCGAGGUCCAUGUGGCGCUCUAGGUGGGAUGCCGGCGUCCUGAAGGCCGAGGCCCUGGCCCUGCUGCCCUGCGGCCUGGGCAUGGCCUUCUCGCAGUCCCACGUGAUGGCCGCGCGGCGGCACCAGCACAGCCGGCUGCUGAUCGAGGUGGACGAGUACAGCUCCAACCCCACGCAGGCCUUCACCUUCUACAACAUCAACCAGGGCCGCUUCCAGCCGCCGCACGUGCAGAUGGUGGAUCCGGUGCCGCACGACGCCCCCAAACCACCCGGCUACACGCGCUUCGUCUGUGUGUCCGAUACCCACUCGAGGACAGACCCCAUCCAGAUGCCCUACGGCGACGUGCUGAUCCAUGCUGGGGACUUCACGGAGCUGGGGCUCCCAAGCGAGGUGAAGAAAUUCAACGAGUGGCUGGGCAGCCUGCCCUACGAGUACAAGAUCGUGAUCGCCGGCAACCACGAGCUGACCUUCGACCAGGAGUUCAUGGCCGACCUCAUCAAGCAGGACUUCUACUAUUUCCCGUCCGUGUCCAAGCUGAAGCCCGAGAACUACGAGAACGUGCAGUCCCUGCUGACCAACUGCAUCUACCUGCAGGACUCCGAGGUCACCGUGCGGGGCUUCCGGAUCUACGGCUCGCCAUGGCAGCCCUGGUUCUACGGCUGGGGCUUCAACCUGCCGCGAGGCCAGGCCCUGCUGGAGAAGUGGAACCUCAUUCCCGAGGGCGUGGACGUCCUGAUCACCCACGGACCGCCGCUGGGCUUCCUGGACUGGGUCCCCAAGAAGAUGCAGCGGGUGGGCUGCGUGGAGCUGCUCAACACGGUGCAGAGACGUGUGCAGCCACGGCUGCACGUCUUCGGCCACAUCCACGAAGGCUACGGUGUCAUGGCGGAUGGGACGACCACGUACGUGAACGCGUCGGUGUGCACUGUGAACUACCAGCCCGUGAACCCGCCCAUAGUCAUCGACUUGCCCACACCCCGGAACUCCUGACUGUCCCCUGCUGCCCAGCCCCGCCUACCUGCAUCAGCCGUGUCACCUGGCCGAGCACUGAUCCCCUGCCACGCUCCUGUCCACGCAGAAUGACCUAGACACCCCUGCUGGCCGGCCGUGGAGACCAGCCCCUGGACGGGUCACGGCCUGGGAAUGAAGGAAGUCAACCCCCUUUGACUUCAGCCUCUGUCACCUGUCAUCGGGACCCUGCGUGGCCCCAGUCGGGCGUGUGCUCUUUACUGUUUUUGCCUGGACCUCCAGGAGGACCUCACUCGGGCUCAUGGCCCAUCUUGCUUGGGGAUCACCUGACUGGUCACCCCGCUCUGCUGGGCACCCUCGUUUGGGGAAGCUGCAGCACUUGGACGAGCUCUGGAGAUGGUUGCACAAAUGUCCCUCUGUCCCAGAGGUGUGUGGCUGCGAGCCCCAGGAUCGGGGAUGCUGGGAGUUUUGGAGCCGGGGCCGGGCAGCCUUUCCUCUCCUGCCAGGCCGGAGGAGGCCGACGUGGCUGUGGCCUAGGCCUCUGAGGGAGUGUUGGGGACAUCUCAGGAAUUGGGGCUGCACCUGGGAGGCCCCACAGAGGUGGCCUUGCAGUUCCCCUUUAUCUUCCUGUGGGUACCCUUGCUGAUGUGACAGUGGCCUGAGCGUCCCGGGCUGUGCUCAGAGCCUGGAUGUGGGGGGAGUUGGUUCCACAGGGUGAGAGCUGUCUUCAUGUCGAGAGUCUGCUGGAGGGCUCCGAGUCAUGGUGGAACAGGGCUUGGUCCAACGGGACUGCUCAGCUCUGCAAAUCACAGCAGCCCAGAGGGUUUGUGGGUCAGCUGCGUGCACACCCCCCCAAACGAGUCCACAUGUGUCCCCCACUGCUGACCCUCUCGCGGCUGCCGGCACAGGUGGGUCCUGAGCUCCUGCAGCAGCACCCUGGCCGGCUCCCUUUCAGGGGCUGCGCUGGGGGUCGGAUCUCCAGGGAGCAGGAACCAUCCGGGCCAGGCGAGGGCAGGCUGAGCAGGGGCAGAGCCUGUCUUUAUUUAAGAUGUUGAUAUUUUGCUUGUCAUGAAUUAUUUUUACAUUCGUUUUGAUUUUAACAAUAUGUUGCAAUUGUCUUCUGUCUGUGUUUUCCACCCCCACCCCCACCUGGCUAAGGAGGAGCGCUUUGCUGCCCCGGGAAGCAGCCUUCCGUGGGUCCUUUAUCAUCUCCUUUCAUGCUGAGACAGUCCUGCGAGGCUGGGAGUGUUGUCCCCAUUUUACAGAUGAGGCCAGGAAGGCCAGAGAGGCGUGGUAACUUGUCUGGAGGCAGCGGCCCGGAAGGGGCGGAGGCAGGAUUUGAACUUCAGUCUCCGGCUUCAGAGGAGCCCUCAUUUUGCCACUACCCAGAGUUCGCUACCCGCAGAGCAGGACACGCAUGGAUCCAGGGCUCUUUUGGUUUUAUUUUUGGAGGAUGCUGUUCAAAAGCAGCCGUGGUUCCUCAAACGCCAGAAAAUCCUGAACUCUGAGCCCAGCAUCCUAGGGCUGGAAUUUCUUCCCAGCUUGACAGAGAGCUGGGUCAGGCGUUCAGGAGCACCGUGUUGGGCGGAGUCCCCUGUGGCCUUGGGCGGGCCCCCUGUGGCUGAAGUCACUUGGGUUAGCCAGGGGACUUGACAGAGUCCCUAAGGGGAUUAGGACCUGCCCUGAGUAAUGGGGAGAGAAGAGAAAACACAGGACUGUUCGACUUGCCUCUGCUCAAUUUCUAUGCGGACCGAGAACUAUAAACUUUAAAGAAUAAAAUGUUUUUCCUAAGGUAUCUUCAGAAUAUGGUGUAUUUUUAUGUGGAAAAGAAAGUUAUGAAGGCAGCUGUUACUUUAAGAGAAAAUUCAUUAAAAGUCCUUGAGCUAUGAAAGAUGGCGGGAAUGCCCCUCAAUCAUUUUGGCAUAACUUGAUUGUGGCUGUAAUUUUUUUUUGUCAAGCAUGUCAGACAAUAAAGUCUUUGUACAAAGGGA